CCCUUCAUACUACACUUUGCACCUCACUGCGUCAGCUGCGCCUGUUCUUCACGGAGAUACUGAGACUUGUCUUCCAGCACAGUUCACGAUGGCGGUGGUUCCAGACGAAUCCAAAGUGGUUUACAACUUUCUCGGCAAAUCUGGACUAAAAGUGUCAAAUAUCUGCCUUGGGACGAUGACAUUUGGGGAAAACCAAAUCGGCAUGUGGGGCCAGGCAAGCGAGGACAUGGCUCACCAGAUUCUGGACAGAUACGUGGAGUGGGGCGGCAACUUCAUCGACACCGCAGACGCCUAUUCCAGUGGCAAGUCGGAGUCGAUAUUGGGCAGCUGGUUGAAGAAACAAGACAGGGAAAAGUUUGUGAUUGGGACUAAAGUGAGGUUCCCCAUGUCUGCUGACAACCCGAACAGUGUUGGGCUGAGCAGACGCCACCUCGUGAAGAGCAUUCAGAACAGCCUGGAGAGGCUCCAGACCGACUAUGUGGAUCUGUACCAGAUGCACCUGUGGGACAACGCUACCCCGGUGGAGGAGACCGUGCGGACGCUAGAUGACCUUGUCCGGUGUGGCAAGGUCAGGUACAUUGGGGCCAGCAACAUGCUGGGUUGGCAGAUGCAGCAUCUGGUCGACCUCACCAAGAUGAUGGGGACGAAUCCCUUCAUCAGUUUACAGCAACAAUACAGUCUCGUGAGCCGGGACUCGGAGCUCGAGGCUUUCCAAGUGUGUAAGGCCAACGGUAUGGGUGUCUUACCAUGGAGUCCAUUGAAGGCGGGUCUGCUGACAGGCAAGUACAAACGUGAUUCGCGUCCCAAAGAGGGCAGGAUUGGCUGGGCAGCGGAGAAAGGACUUGGGGCCCAGGCCUGGCCUGCAUGGGACUCACUUCUCCAAGAUGAUCAAAUAUGGAAUACCCUGGACACACUGGAGGACAUUUCAAAGAAACAUGGAAAGUCUAUGGCCCAAGUGGCCCUUCGUUGGGUUCUUCAGAAGGACAUCGUGUCAUCUGUCCUCAUCGGGACAACCAAGAUGACCCAGCUGGAAGACAACAUGGGCGCUGCUAACGGAUGGAAGUUGUCACCCGAAGACAUGGCGGCCCUUGAUGCAGUAUCGGCGCCCAAACUUCCUUAUCCUUACGAAUUCAACACUCGCUUGAACAAGGGCCGGAGUAACGCUUUCAUUCCUUCAUACACUGUACAGAACAGCUCCUUCUAGUCGUACUGUUAUCUGAGACAUGCAAUGACCAAUAUGCGGAUCCUAAACACUCAGAAAUGUGUUUUGAUACAGAACGCAUUAAGAACUUGUGCUAAACGAUAUUUGUUUGCCACUUCAAUGAACAUUUAUGUAAUACAUGCUUUAUUCGUCUUUACAUGUCUGGUACGAAUACAUGUAUACCUGUGUUGCCCAACUCGCUUAAAGGAAUGAGUAGAAAUUGAAGAUAUUUUUCUUGAAUAUAUAUUUGUGUUGAAUGCAUUGACGAUGGCGAUGGCAACAGCAACAUGAAAACGGUUGGUUUCCUUGGAAACAAGGUCAGACAGCCAAUUCAAAAAGAUCUGUCCAAAUAUGAUACAUGAUUGGAAAUACGAUUUGCCCGUCUUAAGGGAUGUUGUAACAAGAUUAUUAAAGGCAUGCCUUUUGGGGUAUGGUAAUACA